AUGAAUUAUUGGAGAACACGGAAAUGUAUCAGCAAGCCAUCCGAAUUUCCUCUUAAAAGUCCAGCAUUUACUGGCUUACAUGAGAAAGCUCCUCUUGGAUUAAUGGACACUCCAUUACUAGAUACUGAAGAGGAAGUGCAUUACUGCUUUCUGCCACUUGGCUUGGUUGAAAAAUACCCUUCCCUGGUGAAUGAUGACAAUUUAUUGUGGCUAUCUGACAAUUCCGUCCUGAUAGAAUGUGAAGGCAGUGAGUUCCGCUUUAUAGCUAAUUUUCUACGCUCAGGAAAGAUUUUUUUGCCUGACAACUUCUCCAGCAUGGAUGUUCUGGAAGCUGAAGCUGACGCACUGGGAAUCCCUGAGCUUACAGAAGCAGUGAAGAUCUAUAGGAGUCAGCCUGAGACCUCCGCAGCAGGAACGUCUGGUCUACAGGGCUUUGUGAAAAGCACCAUACGAAAGCAGCAGGAAGCAGCCAGCCUCCCCUUGUACCCAAUGGUGCUCGGUCUCUUAGUAAAAUAUCCUGAUUCGGCUUUGGGGCAGCUUCACCUGGAGGGAACCCUGGAUGGGAACAAGCUCUACAUAUCAGGAAAUGGAGUUCUUUUUCAACAUGUCAUGAAUUGGUUAGGCACCUCUAGGCUCCCCCUGACACGAAGUAUAUCUGAGCUUCCUGAACUCUGUGCCUAUUUGGAUCAAAUGGACCUCACUUUUCAGCCCAUGAAGGAUGCUUUGAAAACAUAUCUAAAACAAAAGACACCGACAGACGCCACAGGAAGAGGUGCAGACUGGACAGCAGAAAUUGCGGUCUUUUCACUCCAUCACAUUGUCAAAGUGUAUGUAGGAAGCCACUGGUAUGCAACAUACUUGCAAACGUUAUUGAAGUUUCCGGAGCUGCUGUCAAAUCACAAUAAAGUAUACUGGAUUGUUUACGGUCAUAGUCUCUUCAUCCACGGAGAUGGACAAAUAUUUCGACACAUCCUCAACUUCCUUAGGCUUGGCAAACUCUUCUUGCCCUCGGAAUUUAAAGAAUGGCCUCUUCUAUGCCAGGAAGUGGUAGAAUACCAGAUCCCUUCUCUCGGGGACGCCCUUUCCCAAAGUGACACAUACAGAAUAUGGGUAAGACAACGAGAAGUUUGCAGCGAAGCUUUCCCAUUGAGGAAUCCUGAACCUGCGGUGUCAGAGAAGGAGAAAGGAUCUGUCGAAGACCCUCAAGAUCACUCUUAUAUUGCCUUGAAUGUGAACCAGUGUGCUAAUAACUGGAGCAUAAUCCGAGGAGCUCAAGACGCAGAAGACAGUGGCCAGAAGGACAGAUACACACAUAUUUCUCCAAUCAAGGGAGCAAAACGAAAAAACACCUGGGAAGCAUACCAUCAGUCCACAGAGGUGUGGGGAAAUUCCUGUGAUUACACACAACCAGCAAGCCCCCCAAGGAAAAAAGGGGCAAAAGGCGAUUUACCAAAAAAAUCUGAAUGUAGAGACACUCCUAUCCAGAGGCUCAUUUCCUUGGUGCAGGGCUGGGAUAUGGCAAAUCCACAAUGCUACAAAGCCCCGCAGGUGCCUCCUUCCAAUGGUGUCAGGGCUAACGGAGUUCCUCCCUGCAAAGAUCCUGAAAGGACAGCUUCCUGCAAACUGCCCCCAGCCAGUCCUAUGGGAGUUACUGCCCCUGAACUCCCUGGCAAGGGUCUUGUUCUCCAAGCUGCAGCAAGAAGUCAACAGCACUUGACAACCUCUGGCCAGUGCUUGCCUGGCUCCUCAGCCACGGAGGGAUGGCUGGUCAGGGCUGCCGGACCAAGCAUUCCAGAAAAGAUUCUUCCAAAGGGUGAAAACACCCCGGUCAAGAAACUAAGUAGCCAGACAGAGAGAGACAAAGGUUUUGCGCCAUGUUCCAGGUUGUUCCGAGGGAAGAUGGUGUCUUUUUCUCACAGCUCCAAAGCCACAGGAGCAUUCACUGAACCGAUCAAGUUGAUCGUUGAUGAGCCAUAUGACAGCACUGGCUUGAUUCUUAAAGUUGAACACCCUGCAGUUGUGGCUGGUGAUGGCUCAUGCAUGUCUCAUGAAGACAGCACCCUCUACAGCACAUGCCAGGAAGGCAUCCAGCUGGCCAAUGCACAUGCGCAACUGGCAGCCAGAGACAUCGUCUUUCUGAGCUUUCCAUUGUCACAAGAAGAGAUCUUUUAUGCCCGGAUGUGCCACUGCUUCCUCACGGAUGUCAUCUUGGACUCCAUCAGGCAGAAGGACCCCAAGGAAAUUACUGCCCAAGUGGAAUUGUUCGUGCAGAGGUUGUGGACCUUGCAGAUCACAGCAAAGGAGUUUGUGGCCAGCUUACUGAAUGUGACACCCUUCAAAGCCGAGAACCAUACCUAUGAGAAGUUACUGAAAUGGCUUGAAUUUACGCUGCCGUUCGCCUGGAAGUACAGUUGCUGUAUUGGCCAGCUGAUCAGAAAAGGAUACUUUAAAUCACUCUCUCACUUUGUUCUAGGGAAAUAUUUACAGAAGUCUUAA